GCCACACCAGUCGACUAGAGCAAGGACUUUCAUUUUCAGGCCGGGUAGGUUGCCCACCAACAACACAAGUAAACGGCAAAAUAGAUUAAGAAUCGGCAGCACAAUCGCCAGCCAUCCUUUGAAGAAACGUAUUAUUUAGGAAUUAAAUCGCCAUUGUUGAUCACAAGAAAUACUAACAAGUAAAAUCGGUGAGUUAUUAAUGUAUUUGGAGUUAUGUGUAUGUUUUUGCAUGGAGUUCUCCGACUGCCCAGUUUUAUUGUUGCUUUGUUCUGGGCAGCAGCCAUUUUUAAUCAUCUUGUCCAAUAUAUUUAUCUCCGCCUUCCGUGGUCCUGAAAUCUGGAAAAUUGCUUAAAUACUUUGUUCUCGCUUGUACUGUCACCUCAAGGGCAAGGAUUUUCAUUAUAGCUACGUGUUCUAGUCUCAAAUGCCAAAUGUAUACAUUUUCUGGGGAUUUGUUUUUGGAAAACAAGACAGGAACUUCAGCUGAUUUGCCAUCUCACAAUCUUAGCAAGCUAACGUUAGUUGUUAGGGUAGCUAACUUGACAUCUAGCUAAAUCAGUAUGGUCUCAAUGUUGUUAUUUUAACUAAACUAUGAGAUAUAUCAAUACGAAAUAAAUUGUUGGUAUGAUUAAGGAUAAAUGCCAAUGUGUCACAGUUGUUUUUCACGAACUCGCAUACAUAAACAACGCAAUGUUUACAUACUGUGAUGGCUAGCUAGUUAGCUCGCCCCUGUUUGCCACUACAACAUUUGACCAGCGAUAGUACGUUAUGAUUUGACUAUCAACAUGUCUAAUUCCCGCUGUUUUAACUAAUAUUGUAAUUGAAAGACAUAAGCCAAUAUGUAUUGUGUAGCGAGCAUCAACCACGUUUUGCAAUAAUAUUAGCUAACGUUAACUAGCUAGCAUCCUUAUAAAAUAGCUGGCUAACAUCACGGCAAACUGCCAUUUUAAUUAUGCCUUGGUGGUAGCUAGAAAGCGGUGUUAGUUUUAUUUGGGGGUUUUGUUUUCUUUGAACCGUUUGUUUGCUGAUGAUUAUUUGGAUCCACCUUUAAAAUAGUUGAGUGCUAAGAGUGACUAAUUUAGCUAGCUAUUGUUAAUCCUUUUUUUUACCAUAAAUAUUAACGCGCUAGAACUGAUGCGCUUCAAGAAAUAACUGCGACAAACGCACUGGAAAACUUUAAAGGGACUUUAAGCGAAAGAUUGCAGAAUUAGGUUGCUGUUAAACAUUCUGAUUGGUUUCAUCCUUCCAACUAAAAGCCCCAAGACGACAUAUCACUUUACAUUUGUAUUUUGAAGGAAAUUUAUAUUUUAUCCGAAUUUCACCGAAGUCAUGUUGGAAAAGUAACGUCAAGGGAAGAGUACAGGAGUGAUGCAGCGUUCAAAACAACUGGGAACUGACGUCAUGAUUUGACCUCGUAUUUUUCCGAGUUCCCAGUUGUUUUGAACGCUGCAUCAAUACACAGCACUUAACUUCACUUUUCCAAACGCUUUAGUUCGUUUUGCAUGGCCUGGUGCACUUAAAAUCAAAUCAAAUUGUAUUGAUCGCAUACACAUAUUUAGCAGAUGUUAUUGCGGGUGUUGCGAAAUGCUUGUGUUCCUAGCUCCAACAGUGCAGUAGUAUCUAACAAUUCACAACAAUACGCACAUCUAAAAGUAAAAGAAUGGAAUUAAGAAAUAUAUAAAUGUUCGGACGAGCAAUGUCGGAGUGGUAUUGACUAAAAUACAGUAGAAUAGAAUACAGUAUAUGCAUAUGAGAUGAGUAAAGCAGUAUGUAAACAUUAUUAAAGUGACUAGUGUUCCAUUAUUAAAGUGGGCAGUGAUUCCAUGUCUAGGUUGAGUAACUGGGUGGUAGCAGGCUAGUGAUCGCUAUUUAACAGUCUGAUGGCCUUGAGAUAGAAGCUGUUUUUCAGUCUCUCGAUCCCAGCUUUGAUGCACCUGUACUGACCUCGCCUUCUGGAUGAUAGCGGGGUGAACAGAUUGUAGCUAGGGUGGUUGAUGUCCUUGAUUAUCUUUUUGUCCUUCCUGUGACAUCGGGUGCUGUAGGUGUCCUGGAAGGCAGGCAGUGUGCCCCCCGGUGAUACGUUGGGCAGACCGCACCACCCUCUGUAGAGCCCUGCGGUUGUGGGCGGUGCAGUUGCCGUACCAAGCGGUGCUACAGCCCGACAGGAUGCUCUAAAUUGUGCAUCUGUAAAAGUUUGUGAGGGUCUUAGGGGCCAAGCCAAAUUUCUUCUGCCUCCUGAGGUUGAAGAGACGCUAUUGGUCCACCCUCACUGUCUGUGUGGGUGUAACAUUUCAGAUUGUCAGUGAUGUGUACGGCGAGGAACUGGAAGCUUUCCACCUUCCCCACUGCGGUCCUGUCAAUGUGGAUAGGGGCGUGCUCCCUCUGCUGUUUCCUGAAGUCCAUGAUCAGCUCCUUCGUUUUUUUGUUGACAUUGAGAGAGAAGUUAUUUUCCUGGCACCACUCCGCCAGGGCCCUCACCUCCUCCCUGUAGGCUGUCUCGUCAUUGUUUGUAAUCAGGUCUACUACUGUUGUGUCGUCUGCAAACUUGAUGAUUGAGUUGUAGGCGUGCGUGGCCACGCAGUCAUGGGUGAACAGGGAGUACAGGAGGGGGCUGAGCACGCACCCUUGUGGGGCCCCUGUGUUGAGGAUCAACGAAGUGGAGGUGUUGUUUCCUACCUUCACCACCUGGGGGCGGCCCAUCAGGAAGUCCAGGACCCAGUUGCACAGGGCGGGGUUCAGACCCAGGGCCCCGAGCUUAAUGAUGAGCUUGGAGGGUACUAUGGUGUUGAAGGCUGAGCUAUAGUCAAUGAACAGCAUUCUUAUGUGUGUAUUCCUCUUGUCCAGAUGGGAUAGGGCAGUGCGAUGGCGAUUGCAGCGUCUGUGGAUCUAUUGGGGCGGUAAGCAAAUUGAGGUGGGUCUAGGGUGUCAGGUAAGUUAGAGGUGAUAUGAUCCUUAACUAGCCUCUCAAAGCACUUUAUGAUGACAAGUGAGUGCUACGGGGCGAUAGUUAUUUAGUUCAUUUACCUUUGCUUUCUUGGGUACAGGAACAAUGGUGGACAUCUUGAAGCAAGUGGGGACAGCAGACUGGGAUAGGGAGAGAUUUAAUACGUCUGUAAACACUCCAGCCAGCUGGUCUGCGCGUGCUCUGAGGACGCGGCUAGGGAUGCCGUCUGGGCCGGCAGCCUUGCGAGAGUUAACACGCUUAAAUGUCUUACUCACGUCAGCCACGAAGAACAAGAGCCCACAGUCCUUGGGAGUGGGCCGCGUUCGGUGGCACUGUGUUAUCCUCAAAGCGGGCGAAGAAGGUGUUUAGCUUGUCCGGGAGCAAGAAGUCGGUGUCCGUGACGUGGCUGGUUUUCCCUUUGUAAUCUGUGAUUGUCUGUAGACCCUGCCACAUACGUCUCGUGUCUGAGCCGUCAAAUUGCUACUCCACUUUGUCUCUGUCACUUAGCAAUCUUAGUUUUUGUAAUCUACAAGCAACAUGUAGCUCAGCUGGUAGAGCAUGGCGCUUGUAACGCCAAGGUUGUGGGUUCGAUCCCUGGGACCACCCAUACACAAAAAAUGUAUGCGCACAUGACUGUAAGUCGCUUUGGAUAAAAGCGUCUGCUAAAUGGCAUGUUAUGUUAUUAACUCUUUGGGCACUUUAGUACCUACUUACCCGAUUCGCCUCAAUCCCCGAAGCCGCCGCUAUCGUCCUGUAACACCUAGGGUGUCAGUGGACUUGGAGCCUACAUUGACUGUGGGCACAGAACUGGUUUUUACUAGCCUCAGCUUCAUGGUGAAUCCACUCUUCCACUGUUGGUAGCCAUCGUAAUCCUUUGGGACAAAGUGAGACUGAAGCGCCAGGGGUUCCCCUGAACCGUUCUUCCCGAUGCGGUCUGACUUUUCCCCCAAUAGUCCAAACAUGCCUACCAGUUAACAGUGCACUGCCGCCAACCAAAAGGCUGUUCUUCUCUUGACUUUUUUAAUAAAGAUUUGCAUAAAGACUAUUUUAGAUGGAAUAUCAUCAAUCUACGUUAGAUUUGUGGAAAUACAGUACCAGUCAAAAGUUUGGACACACCUACUCAUUCAAGGGUUUUUCUUUAUUUUUACUAUUUUCGACAUUGUAGAAUCAUAGUAAAGACAUCAAAACUAUGAAAUAACACACAUGGAAUCAUAUAGUAACCAAAAAAGUGUUAAACAAAUCAAAAUAUGUUUUAGAUUUUAGAUUCUUCAAAGUAGCCACCCUUUACCUUGAUGACAGCUUUGCACACUCUUGGCAUGGUCUCAACCAGCUUCACCUGGAAUGCUUUGGUAAAUGCAGAAAAUUGGCAAUCAAAAUAAGCGUUCUACCACAGCAACAAUGUUAUUUUUGGGAAGGCUAUUUGAUUCUAAGUAAGAACAUAAAAAGUUUGUAUGUGAAAACUAUUUCUAAGACGCAUACUUUUUCUAAGCUGAGUCGUUUUUCUGAAACACAUCGCGCAUAAGAGGGUGCUGCUGGUGCUGCCACAUGCACAGGUCAAAUAAACCAUUGGAACUCCUAUUUAAGCUGUUUACAUGUCCUAAUAAUUCGAAAGGUUGCCCAGAAAACCAGGUGUUUUAAUGGGCGUAUGCUUAUUUAUGAACUUACACCAAUUUUAAAGCUGCAAUAUGCACAUAUUUGGUGACCCGACCAAAAUUCACAUAGAAAUGGAGUUAUAGGUCUGUCAUUCUCAUUUAAAGCAAGUCUAAGAAGUGGUAGAUCUGUUCUAUGUGUGUUAUUUCUAUGCUUUCCGUUCUUAAGUUUUGUUUUUGCGUCUUUUACUUUAGGUUUUGUACACCAGCUUGACUUUUUGAUCCACCAGACACUGUGGCAGGUAGAUUAAAGUAGACUUUAGUUUCAAGUAAAUUAGAUCAACUUGUAUGCCUGUUCGCUUCUAAAAAUGAAUAUUUCACUCAGAUCUUCAUGUGCGCACAGCUCCCAGCCAGGCAGUGUUGCAGCGCGAGGUGGGAUAGGCUAUAUAGGAUUCGUAGUUCUUUGACUUUGUUCAAUUAAUUAAAGGGACAUUUAAUGUCUGCUUUUUUUUUUGCCAAUCUACCAUGGGUGGCCUUCUUUGUGAGGCAUUGGAAAACCUCCCUGGUCUUUAUAGUUGAAUCUGUGUUUGGAAUUCACUGCUCAGCUGAGGGACCUUGUAUGUGUGGGGUACAGAGAUGAGGUAGUCAUUAAAAAAUAGUGUUAAACACUAUUAUUGCACACAGUGAGUCUAUGCAACUUAUUAACAACAUAAUUCCACUUUGACAUUAUGGGGUAUUGUGUGUAGUUCAGUGACACAAUCUCAAUUUAAUUCAUUUUAAAUUCAGACUGUAACACAACAACAUGUGGAAAAAGACAAGGGGUGUGAAUACUUUCUGAAGGCACUGUAGUUAGCUAGAACGUCAGGGUACAAACAACAGCUUGUGGCUAGUUAGCUUGGCUAGCUAUUGAAUGUCCAGCUGCAUGUCAGAGAGGAAGAGAGAGGGUUCACUCCCGUCAAAAUCUGUACCUAGUAAGCAGACCGCCUGCCUUCCCACCUUUAGGACAAUGACUCCCAUUGUUAGGGUGGCGACAAGAACAUUACGUCAUUAUAUACAGUAUCUCUGAUGUAUGCUCGCGAGCCUACAUUGACGUAACUAGUGACUCUCUUGAAAUUUACAAUGGCUGAGAUUGAAAGGAUCACUGGCAUGGUUGACUCAAUUUGGUUGAUGGAUGUCUGUCAAACUGUGUAGCAUUUCAAAGUCUUCUAGCAAUAGUCAGAUGCAGUGUUCGUGUCAUUCAAUUGAAUGUCAUUGAUAACGAGAUUUCAGUUGAACAGAUUAAAUCUUUAUCUAGAUAGCUAGUAUUUAAAAUGCAAUCUCAGGAGAUAAACCGAAUAUUCGCCUGGUUGACAAGGCCCAGCUUUGGCUUGAUUGUGUGAUCUGUGGUUUUGUCAUGUUCAUUUGUGAAUCAGUAUCAGUUUGCAUGAAUGGACUAGGAAGGGAUAUCGGGAUUCUCACAAUGGGUUUUAUGUAGAAAAGCAAAGAGUAUAGCAGACAAAUUUCCUAAAAUAUUUCCGCACUGUCCAUUCAACGCAAGUACAGUAUCAGCAGAAAUGCAGUGCUCUGAGCACUGUAUUCACUUUCUGAGAGAUUAUGCAAUAUGCAUCCAUUGGCUGAUUAUCACUUUGAAUUGGAACAUCCAUUCUACUAUUUCUACUAUUGUUACUAAUAAUAAACUCAAUACUCAGUGGAGAUACCCCCAGGCAACCUUUUGAUUUGAAGGCUGGAUCCUGAAGCGGCUUUAAUGUAGGCCUACUCUAUUCAGAUGUCUAAGUGGUAGCAUCAAUGUCUGGUUCCUCAGUCAGAUCAGUAUAAUCAGGCCUACCGGUAUUCAUUUUUGUAGGGUUUUGUUAAAAAAUUGCUCCAGUAAUUCUAAUUUAAAGUCUGUUAAUGAGUAGGCCUAGAUUGCGUGGCUGCCAAAAUUCUAUUCAUGGGUUGUGUGUUUCGUCACAAUCUUAUUUUGAAAGUUUGUUUUGGACUGAUGCCCAACUGAGCAUUCUACUCAAUGCAUCAUCAAUGAGCGCUGAUGAAGAUUUCAUCAAAAGUGCAUUAUAUUGGCUUGGCAAUUACAAUGACAUUCAAAAGGAGGCAAAUAAUUAGUAGGAAAACCCUUUGUCAUCAUUUUGAUGUCACCAGAUUUACUUUAGAUGCAGUAUAAUGUAAGCUAGCUAGCUAGCUAGUUAAGAUUUAGGGUGAGGCCACUGGAUUUUAUCUUGCCAACGUUAGCAUUGCUAGCUAUUUUUGACGAACUUUUCUAGCUAUUGACAGCAUUGCCAUCUGUAAAUUUGACAACAUGAUAAUGCUGGCAAAGUUGUUUCCUACUAAAUAUUUGACUACUUUAGCAAUGUCAUCGUAUUUCCAGGCACUAUAGUGUAAUUUAGACUAAACAGUAGUUAGCCUCCAUCCAGAAUGACUGGGCUUAUCACCACUUUAGGGCACCACUAUGGUGCCGCCGAUGGAGGGUGGCUUGAGAACGUUCCUAACAAUGGCAUGACACGACCAAGUGACGGAGGUGCAAUCUAUGAAUGGUUGUUUACUCUUUACCCUGAAAGCCCAGCAGCAGCUCUCUAGAGCAGUUGUCUCUCUGAAAGAGUCCACUGUUACCCUGGCUGUGUCUGUGGUUACAACUGGUUUGGUUUGGCAUUUGGGAAAUUGAAUUAAGAUUGGCAUGUUGACAUUUCCGCCACAUUGUAGAAUAGAUUGAAUAUUCCUUUCCAAUUCUAAGCUGCUGUACUUUGUUAGAUAACAUUGUAUCCUCUAUUCUCUCUGCAGAAAAAGAAGGCACAAGAAGAGGCGCAUAGAAACAUUUUCAUACUCGAUGACAUUACAUCGCAAUGUCCGAUCGUUUGGGGCAAAUAACCAAGUCCAAGGAUGGGAAAAAGCAAGUAUUCCUCACUCAGCCUAUUUGAUAAGUACAAGGGAAAGUCUAUAGAAACUCAGAAAACCGCAGGUAAGUCAUUGUCCAUUAUAUUUGAAGUACUUCUGUGUUCAACUUAUAUGUGCAUGGCUUUAAGGAUUUGAUUGGCCCUUGAAGGUUGACCAAUACAUAAAGUUUGCAAAGAGCUUUAUUCACACCUCACUCCCCCUCUUUCUCCACAUCGUCUUCUGACUUCUCCCCUCUUCCUCCCAGCAGUUCCACGACAUGGCUUACAGAGUCUUGGCAAAGUGGCCGCAGCCCGGCGCAUGCCCCCACCUGCUCACCUGCCGAGCCUGAAGUCGGAGAACAAAGGAAACGAUCCCAGCGUGAUUAUUGUGCCCAAAGACGGAACAGGAUGGGCAAACAAGCAGGAACAACCCGAUCAAAAGAGGUAGGUGAGAGAGCCCGGGACGGACACUGGGAGAGGUGGCCUGGAUAACAGAUUAAUGCAUUUAUAUGCAUCACCUACCUCUUUUUGUUUCUUGAAGAUUGAUUCAAUUACAGUUGAAGUCGGAAGUUUAUAUACACUUAGGUUGGAGUCAUUAAAACUCGUUUUUCAACCACUCCACACAUUUCUUGUUAACAAUCUAUAGUUUUGUCAUGUCGGUUAGGACAUCUACUUUGUGCAUGACACAAGUAAUUUUUCCAACAAUUGUUUACAGACAGAUUAUUUCACUUAUAAUUCACUGUAUCACAAUUCCAGUGGGUCAGAAGUUUACAUACACUAAGAUGACUGUGCCUUUAAACAGCUUGAAAAAUUCCAGAAAAUGAUGUCAUGGCUUUAGAAGCUUCUGAUAGGCUAAUUGACAUCAUUUGAGUCAAUUGGAGGUGUACCUGUGGAUGUAUUUCAAGGCCUACCUUCAAACUCUGUGCCUCUUUGCUUGACAUCAUGGGAAAAUCAAAAGAAAUCAGCCAAGACCUCAGAAAAAAUUGUAGACCUCCACAAGUCUGGUUCAUCCUUGGGAGCAAUUUCCAAACGCCUGAAGGUACCACGUUCAUCUGUACAAAAAAUUGUACGCAAGUAUAAACACCAUAGGACCACGCAGCCAUCAUACCGCUCAGGAAGGAGACACGUUCUGUCUCCUAGAGAUGAACGUACUUUGGUGCGAAAAGUGCAAAUCAAUCCCAGAACAACAGCAAAGGACCCUGUGAAGAUGCUGGAGGAAACAGGUACAAAAAUAUCUAUAUCCACAGUAAAAACGAGUCCUAUAUCGACCUAACAUGAAAGACCUCUCAGCAAGGAAGAAGCCACUGCUCCAAAACCGCCAUAAAAAAGCCAGACUAAGGUUUGCAACUGCACAUGGGGACAAAGAUCUUACUUUUUGAAGAAAUGUCCUCUGGUCUGAUGAAACAAAAAUAGAACUGUUUGGCCAUAAUGACCAUCGUUAUGUUUGGAGGAAAAAGAGGGUUAAUUGCAAGCCAGAGAACACCAUCCCAACCUUGAAGCACGGGGGUGGCAGCAUCAUGCUGUUGGGGUGCUUUGCUGCAGGAGGGACUGAUGCACUUCAGAAAAUAGAUGGCAUCAUGAGGAAGGAAAAUUAUGUGGAUAUAUUGAAGCAACAUCUCAAGACAUCAGUCAGGAAGUUAAAGCUUGGUCGCAAAUGGGUCUUCCAAAUGGACAAUGACAUUUUUACAUUUACAUUUUAGUCAUUUAGCAGACGCUCUUAUCCAGAGCGACUUGCAGUUAGUGAGUGCAUACAUUUUCAUAAUGGCCCCCCGUGAGAAACGAACCCACAACCCUGGCAUUGCAAGCGUCAUGCUCUACCAACUGAGCUACAGGGGACAAUGACUCCAAGCAUACUUCCAAAGUUGUGGAAAAAUGGCUUAAGGACAACAAAGUCAAGGUAUUGGAGUGGCCAUCACAAAGCCCUGACCUCAAUCCUAUAGAAAAUGUGUGGGCAGAACUGAAAAAGCGUGUGCGAGCAAGGAGGCCUACAAACCUGACUCAGUUACACCAGCUCUGUCAGGAGGAAUGGGCCAAAAUUCACCCAACUUAUUGUGGGAAGCUUGUGGAAGGCUACCUGAAACGUUUGACCCAAGUUAAACAAUUUAAAGGCAAUGCUACCAAAUACUAAUUGAGUGUAUGUAAACUUCUGACCCACUGGGAAUGUGAUAAAAUAACUAAAAGCUGAAAUAAAUUAUUCUCUACUAUUAUUCUGACAUUUCACAUUCUUAAAAUAAAGUGGUGAUCCUAACUGACCUAAGACAGGGAAUUAUUACUAGGAUUAAAUGUCAGGAAUUGUGAAAAACUGAGUUUAAAUGUAUUUGGCUAUGGUGUAUGUAAACUUCUGACUUCAACUGUAAGUUCCAGGGAGAAAAGGAAGUCGUCAAACAGCAGCCUAAUGAUUUAGGACCCAUGGGGUGCAUCUCAAUAGUCUAAAGUGUCAGUUCUUGUGUCGUCUCCCUCAUCCUCACUGAUCUGAAAACUGACAAGUGAUGUGCAGUAAAUUCUGUCACGUAAUCAGUUUUUUCAGGUCAUUCCAGAUUAAUUAGUGGAGAUGAGGAAAGGAAGCCACUACAGACUAUUGAGAUGCACUCUUGGAUUAAUGUAUUGCCAUGAUACAAUAUGUUUCAUGAAUUCAAUAUGUUUUGUAUUCUGAGGGAACAAGUCAUCUUUUGCACUACCAAUGGGUGACAUUGGAUGAUGCAAGAAUAGGUGAUAGUGGCAUUGGUGAGCAAAGGAAAGGGUAUUUUUUCACCUGGUACACACUUUGCUGAAGUUUAUGUUCCUGUACACUUUCCUGCAGUGUGUGUGUGUCUGCGUGUGUGAGCUUCUUUAUGGAUGCGUUCAAACACUUCGCCUCAAUCACACCGACAGCGUCAUUGCAUUUUGGUACACCAGAAGUACAUUCAUUUCCAGUGGAACGCUGCGUUUGACUGCAUUGCGUUGCAGAGGCAGUUGCAGUGCGUUCUGUGUGGUGCAUAUGUUGGAUUUAUCGAACGUAUAUGUGAAACUUUAUGCGUAGACGGCUUGACAGAAAUGGUAGCAGAAGUUGAAUGUUGAACUUUUGUUGCACACAUCCAGAUGAUGCUGCAUCCAUUUUGCGCAAUGACACUGUAGGUGUGAUCAAGGCAUUAGCCCCAUGUGCAGCUGCGGGAAACAUAGCCUUGUGUCGCAGAUUUGAGAGGCGUUCGUGUUUGCUACCUCAAGGUUAGCUCACGUGCAGGCUGUAGAACUGUCUGUGUGUGGGGAGUUGAUUGGUUGUAAGUGACCACUCUGUUUAGUGUGUGUGAGUCUGUGGGGGUGUCUGGAGGAGUGAGAGCAGGAAGAGGAGCUAACAUACAAUGAGUAUAUGGCAAUGUUGUAUGAACACCAAAUAUGGCGUUUAUAAAAUCAGCAUUCACAUUGCUACCUUUUAUUUAGUGUUAUUUGCAUAGCAGGCACGACACAUCUCACACUGUGGUCCCAUGUGGCUCAGUUGGUAGAGCAUGGCGCUUGCAAUGCCAGGGCUGUGGGUUCGAUUUCCACGGGGCACCAGUACGAAAAGUACGAAAAAUGUGUGCUCUCACUACUGUAAGUCGCUCUGGAUAAGAGCAUCUGACUCAAUGACUAAAAUGUAGUCAUUCGAUAACAGAAAAGUUUUGUGUAAUGUUGCCUGGUAAGCAAGAAAGACCAGAGUGGGAGUACUAUUUUAUUCCUAAUUCUUCAUUGUUUGGCCGGGGUAAAUUCAUCAAGAGUUUAUAGCUGGGUUACAAGUGUCCAAGUUCUAUAAUGUGCCAAAGUGAUACUGUGCACAGUAUGUCAUGUCUGUAUCAAGAUGUAUCUUUGCCCAAGAUGUAUAUGUAUCUAGUCUGUCUCUAGAGUGACGGUUCCUUCUCUCUCUCCUCGCUCAGUUCCAUUGCAUCAACAGCACAGCUGCCGGAGUUGCAGCCGCAGCUGGCUUUACAGAAAUCUGUCUCCAAUCUCCAGAAGCCCACACCGGUAGCCAGUCAGGAGGUGAGUUUGGCCUUUUACUUUUUAUCUUCUACGUCUUGCGGUUUCACUUUGAAUUGUGAUUAUUGUUUUUAUUGGAUAGUUUUUUCUAUGCGUGACUGCCUUUUUAAAAGCAAUAAAUCCCUUUGAAAAAGAUUUCAAGGAAGUGAAAUAGGCUUUCAAACCAAACGCGGAAUCGGUCAGGAAACACACCUCCAAGACUGAAAUCUUUUAAAAAUUAGUACAAUUUCCUCUGUUGUUUCCACAGAGCGCAAACACAGGUGGACCAAAGCAAUGGGCCCAGCUAAAUGGAAAGGCCGUAGAACUAGAUGGUGAGUUGGAAUGGAAAACUCAGACUGCUCAAAAUCAUUGUCUCUUUGGUCAACAUUGAUGGAUGUGCUAUCAGACGUGUCAGUUUACUGCAUGUCUCCACCACACCUCAUGAUUCUCCAUCAGCCUCUAUUUCUUUUGACUCUGCUCUGACUGACAGCUGUGCCUCUUGUUUCCGUGGCGAUGGACAGGUUUAAGGGCCUCAAACCGACUGCAGCCCUUCUCUCACGAGGAAUUUCCAACGCUGAAGGCUGCUGGGGAACAGGACAAGGCUGGCAAGGAAAGAAGCGCCUUCGAUCCGUCGUAUGGGCCCGGACCAAGCCUCCGCCCCCAGAGUGAGUCCAGUGACUAUAGCUGUGGUGGCACAAACAUGUACUCAAAAGCAGCCCACAUGCUUUGAAAUUAUGAAUAGUGUAGCAGCCUCACAGCAUAGUUGCUAAUAAGUGCCAUGGGGAAAAUAUUGUGCACAUACUUGAAAAAAUGGAAUACACUUCAAUUUCACAACUUUCACCAUCCGGAAACUCUGUUUUAUUAUAUAUGCAUAGUCACUUUAAUAACUCUACCUACAUAUUACCUCGACUAACCGGUGCCCCCGCACAUUGUCUCGGUACUGUUACCCCCUGUAUAUAGCCUCGCUAUUGUUAUUUUUACUGCUGCUCUUUAAUUAUUUGUGACUUUUUUAUUUUGUAUUAUUUUAUAUAGUGUAUAUAUAUGUAUAUAUUUUUUGGUAUUCUUUCUUAAAACUGCAUUGUUGGUUAAGGGCUUGUAAGUAAGCAUUUCACUGUAAGGUCUACACCUGUUGUAUUUGGCGCAUGUGACAAAUUAAAAUUUGAUUUGAUAUGACUUACAGUGCCUUGCAAAAGUAUUCCCCCCCCCCUUUUGUUGCAUUACAGCCUGUAAUUGAAAUGGAUUUUUAUUUGGAUUUCAUGUAAUGGACAUGCACAAAAUAGUCAAAAUUGGUGAAGUGAAAUGAAAAAAAUUACUUGUUUCGAAAAAGUCUCAAAAUUAAAUAACGGAAAAGUGGUGCGUGCAUAUGUAUUCAUCCCCUUUGCUAUGAAGCCCCUAAAUAAGAUCUGGUGCAACCAAUUACCUUCAGAAGUCACAUAAUUAGUUAAAUAAAGUCCAUCUGUGUGCAAUCUAAGUGUCUCAUGAUCUAGUGUGUGUAUAUAUACACCUGUUAUGAAAGGCCCCAGAGUCUGCAAUACCACUAAGCAAGGGGCACCACCAAGCAAGCGGCACCAUGAAGACCAAGGAGCUCUCCAAACAGGUCAGGGACAAAGUUGUGGAGAGGUACAGAUCAGGGUUGGGUUAUAAAAAAAUAUCAGAAACUUUGAACAUCCCACGGAGCACCAUUAAAUCCAUUAUUUAAAAAAAAUGGAAAGAAUAUGGCAACACAACAAACCUGCCAAGAGAGGGCCGCCCACCAAAACUCACGGACCAGGCAAGGAGGGCAUUAAUCAGAUAGGCAACAAAGAGACCAAAGAUAACCCUGAAGGAGCUGCAAAGCUCCACAGUGGAGAUUGGAGUAUCUGUCCAUAGGACCACUUUAAGCCGUACACUCCACAGAGCUGGGCUUUACGGAAGAGUGGCCAGAAAAAAAAAGCCAUUGCUUUAAGAAAAAAAUAAGCAAACACGUUUGGUGUUCGCCAAAAGCCAUGUGGGAGACUCUCCAAACAUAUGGAAGAAGGUACUCUGGUCAGAUGAGACUAAAAUUGAGCUUUUUGGCCAUCAAGGAAAACGCUAUGUCUGGCGCAAACCCAACACCUCAUCACCUCGAGAACACCAUCCCCACAGUGAAGCGUGGUGGCAGCAUCAUGCUGUGGGGAUGUUUUUCAUCGGCAGGGACUAGGAAACUGGUCAGAAUUGAAGGAAUGAUGGAUGGCGCUAAAUACAGGGAAAUUCUUGAGGGAAACCUGUUUCAGUCUUCCAGAGAUUUGAGACUGGAACGGAGGUUCACCUUCCAGCAGGACAAUGACCCUAAGCAUACUGCUAAAGCAACACUUGAGUGGUUUUAAGGGGAAACAUUUAAAUGUCUUGGAAUGCCCUAGUCAAAGCCCAGACCUCAAUCCAAUUGAGAAUCUGUGGUAUUACUUAAAGAUUGCUGUACACCAGCGGAACCCAUCCAACUUGAAGGAGCUGGAGCAGUUUUGCCUUGAAGAAUGGGCAAAAAUCCCAGUGGCUAGAUGUGCCAAGCUUAUAGAGACAUACCCCAAGAGACUUGCAGCUGUCAUUGCUGCAAAAGGUGGCUCUACAAAGUAUUGACUUUGGGGGGGUGAAUAGUUAUGUAUCCGUUUUCUUCUUGUCUUUCCAGAUGUGACAAGUUGGAGGGAGGGUGGUGGGAGGAACCUUGUGCCCUCAUCCCUGCCGGCAGGCCUGCCCUCAGAUUUCGAGGGCAAGGCCAGCGGCGUGGCUGAGACUGGGAGCCCCCCUCCACCUCUUCCCCCCUCUGCCUCCUCCUCUGCCCUCUCUGCCCCCAUGGUCAGUCCCAACCCUGCCACCGUUGUCAGCGCCCCUCCAGUCCCGGAGCUCAAGGAGCCCUCCCUGCGCCCCGCCCAGCCACUCCGCAGGCCCGCUCCCCCUGCCCUGAACCAUCACCAGCUCCACCACCCUACCACCACCACCACCUACCACGACAUGCUGCCUGCCUUCGUAAGUAGCACAGUAAUACUCUUCAUUUAUUUUCACUUUAUGACAUCUUAAUGCAAGAUUCUGUUCUGACUGUACGCUUUUUGUCCAUUGGUUUUCAGAUGUGCCCCAAAGAGACUUGUGAUGCUCCCGGCACUGCUGAACACACUGGCCCUGUCACUGUGGUCGCCCCAGUUCGCUUUGACAACAGGCCCACCUUCAGACAGCCCUACCCCAACAACAACCAAGAGCCCGUCAAGUAAGUAUUCUCCUGCAUAUGCCUACUGUCUGGAAGCGAUGCUCAGUUAAAAUAAUGAAAGAUUAAAAUGGAUAAUACAAUUGAAGAUUCUGUGAAUUAUUUUGCUUACUUAGCAAAAAUAAUCGCAGACCUCUCACCUCCCCAUGUUCCUAUUCUCCUUGUAGCGGCGAGGUGAGGAGAGAAGAAAACCGCUUCAUCCGUGGGCCCUCUCGCAACCCCUCCUCCCGACCCAUCCGUCGGCCCGGCGACAGACCCCCUCGUCCUGCCAUCAUCAACCCAGAGGACCUGAAGGAUCUGGACGAGCUGGACAACGACUGUGAAGACGGCUGGGCAGGUGGGGGGGCUUUCUGUUAUCGCAUCAACAUACACCAAAGGCAACAUUUCUGUGCGUGUGCCCCAGUUGAACUAGAUUGACCUUGAUAAAAAUGUUGCUCUCUUGCCGUUCCAGGUAUCCAUGAAGAAGUGGAUUAUGGCGAGAAACUCAAGUUCAGUGACGAUGAGGAGGAGCACGCCGAAAAGAACAAGAUGUGGUGAAAUUACCCCCACCCCCUUUGUGUUUGUGACUGAAUAGAAUAUUGUUGGUGUUAUUUCUGUAGUUUUGAAGAGCAGUGACCUUGUAGCAGUGACUGAUUGUGAGCUCUAUCUCUGACCCAGGGCUGAAUGGGAGAACCAGCGUCGCGAGCACCAGUUGUCGCUGAGCUCAGGAGAGGGGGCGUACCCCCAGGAGGGUCCUGAGGAGGAAGCUUACCAGGCCUACCAGGAGCAGAUGGCCCACAGGAAGACCAACAGCAGGUUCCCCUCUGGAGAACCACAGGUAAGGUCGUACCUGCGUCCACUAUACCUCAGACUGCUACCCUUGCCUGGUCCCCCUAGCCUCUUCAAUACCGCUGAUCUCUGAAGUUUUGAGUUUCAAGAAAUAAGGCAGAAGCCUGUCCAGUCAUUUCACCUAUCAGUGGUCUUAAAGUCUUGAAACAAUGUUUGCACUCACUAACUGUAAGUCGCUCUGGAUAAGAGCGUCUGCUAAAUGACUAAAAUGUAAAAUGUAAUGACUAUUCUCAAUAACCCUUGAUUGAAAUAAGACUUAACAAAUCGCCUUGGCGUUACCGUAGUGAUGACAAAGUGAAUGUUUAAUUACAACCUCCAGGGUAAAAAUGCAGAAGCACAUAUGGAGAUAUGCUAGAGAUCACAGUAAGAUUAACUAAUGUUUAGGCAUUAAAGCAUACAGAGUACAUACACCUGUAGGAAGAGAACACUUGAGUCACCAGUCACAUUUAUAUAUGUGUGUCCUAAUGCUUUGAACACACCGACUGCGUCAUUGCGCAAAAUAGUAUGCAGCAUCAUCUAGAUAUAUGUGCAACAAAGGUUCAACAUUCACCUUCUGCUACCAUUUCUGUCAACCUGUUUACGCACACAGUUUGAAGCAUACGUUUGAUAAAUCCAACGUAUGCACCACACAGAACGCACUGCAACUGCCUGCAACGCAAUGCUGCAAGGCAAACGCAGCAUUCCAUUGGAAAUUAAUGUACUUCUGGUGUACCAAAACGCAAUGAUGCAGUCGGUGUGUUCGAAGCGUAAGUCCAUUGUACACAGAACCCAAUGUAGUCAUGGAAAGUCCUCCCACUGGCCCCAUAUUAACACCCAAACCCUCCUCUGUGCCGUCUCCAGGCCCAGCAGAAGAGCUCCGGGCCGGGCAUGGCCCACCAGGGUGAACCCCUGGACAACCAGGAGGAGCGCCAGACCCAGGGCCCAGCCCGGGCCAAGUUUGUGUCACCGGAACUCUCGGAGGCAGUUGAGAGAGCUCGCCGUCGCAGGGAGGAGGAGGAGAGACUCGCCCGUGAGGAGAGACUGGCCGCCUGCGCCGAGAAGCUCAAGAGGCUAGACGAGAGGUUUGGGAAGACGGAGAGACAGUUGUUGAGGUCUGAGGAGGGAGCAAAGGAUGCAGAGAGCAAGGAGGCAGCACUGUCCCCUAGGAGAGAGAGCAAAAACCACCCGGAGAGCUGGCAAUACGGCAUGAAAGGUAACACCAAACCGUCAUAACUGUUUGUUUAGUAAACAUGUAUUUAUUCAGGUUGGUCAGUUGAGAAAUACUCAUUUGCAAAUGCAACAAUGACCUUCUCAGUCAUAGUGUGCACUUACCGUUGAAAUUGAGCAUUUUACUGAAUGGCUUUUACUGAACGACAUGUAGGAAACAUACAGGAUUGCCAUGUCUAGCUAAAAUUUCUAGCCCAAUGACCUCUGAAAACCUGCCCACAAGGCCUGAAAACUAGGCCCCAAAAAUGUUUUGCAACAAGAGAGGAGUUGCCGCAUUUAUCCAAUAAACCCUUUUCCAAUAACGUUAUUCAGCAAAUUAAGAAGGAAUAUCGACGACGUCAUUUUUAAUUACGUAGGCUAAGAAGCUAAAUUCGGUUUUCCAUCCAAAUAAUAAUUUUUGCGGAUUUUAGAAUAUGUUGCAAGAGAAAAUAUAAAUUGCCUUUAUUAAACUCUCCAGAUCCUUUUCCAUCAAUGGAUGUCGAUUUAACUUGUUUUGACUGCUAUGAUUAAGCAAUAAGGCCCAAGGAGGUGUGGUAUAUGGCCAAUAUACCAUGGCUAAGGGCUGUUCUUAGGACAUAGCCCAUAGCCGUGGUAUAUUGGCCAUAUACCACAAACCCCUGAGGUGCCUUAUUGCUAUUGUAAACUGGUAACCAAUGUAAUUAGAACAGUAAAAAGUAUAUUUUUGUCAUUCCCCUUGUACACGUCUGAGAUACCAUGGCUUUCAACCAAUCAGCAUUCAAGGCUCAAACCACCCAGUUUAUAAUUGUAAUUAUAUUUUCUGUCAACUGUGCUGUUAUUAUGUGCCAUAUGUUAAGACUACAAACCAUUAUAAAUGGCCAAUUUGUGAGAUUGUCUUAUUUCAAUAGGCAUAAGCUACUGACUCAAAUCUGGGUUUAUAAUUGCAAUUCAAUUUUGCCAUGGUUUGCUGAGCUAGAUGCAGGUAGCCUAUAGCCCCUGAUAAGCCAACAUCUAAUUUCAGGGAAAAGUCCACAAUUAAACAUUAAAUGUGGAGAAUGAUACAUUUGCUAUAGAGCUGUGACCAUGAUCACAAUUGAUAACUUCCAAUUUAAUUAACUAAACAUGGCCAUUAAUAAUUGCAUAAUAACACAAGGCUUACAACAACAAACUGAGUUAUAGGCUAUUAAGUCAGUUUGCCAGCUCCAGGUAGGCUACACAAGUGGCACAAAUUGAUUUGCAAUCACUCCAGUGAUAACACAAUCACACAAUCACAGUCUCCGUGACUCAGCUGCCUCUGCUGCAGCACUCUCUCAACCAGUGCUCUCAACGCAACAGCUUGCUCACUGCCUGAUAGUCAGCAGCAGCAGGUCACAGUGAAUUGUAUAUUUAAAAAAAAAAAAGAGAAAUGCCAUGGCAGCCGCGGUGCAAUUUAGAAGUAGCCCCCCCCCCCCAAAAAAAAAACACGUGGCCAAUGCAUUUUCACCUGCGACAUCAUUUUCAAAGUAGCCCAAUUUGGCUGGAAAACAGCGAACAUGUCAACACUGGAAACAUGGGUAGCUAUGUAAAAGUGGGAUUAUAACCCGGUCCCUCUCCUCUCCUGUCCCAGACGCUGAGUGUCCCUCGGAGCACUCCCCCGGCCAGCAGGACUACAGGGAAGAGGGCACCUCGGGCUUCACCCCCUACCGCAGUGAGGACGAUGGCGGGGCCGAGCCCACCUCUCCCCUGCCUGACUACGCAAACCACCAGGCCUCCAAGCCCCUCCCUCCUCGCUUCCAAAAGCAGCAGCAGGUGAGCCGCCCGGCCGAUGCCAUCUGAUGCUUUCCCAGCAGCCCCUUCCCUCAAGCCCCUAAUUUCCUAAUCCCCUCCCUAAUUCUUGACAGGAUUAGCGGCUUGAGAAAGGCCCGUCAGUUCACAGGAGCAGGUGUUUUCCAUAGCGACGGUUGCCACCUCCCUGACUGGAAAGGGGAGGGUAUAAUGAAGGUUGCCUAAGGGUGUGCUUGUUUUAUUCUGUUGUGUAGUGUUUUAAUUAGUUAUGUUGUGGAUGCGCAGCAAUAGGCAAUUGACAAAACAGAAAAGAACCACUCGCUGCAUAUAGUACACUUCUUUAAAUGCAUCUAGUCACUUUUAUGUGAGGUGAAUAAUUGUACCAGUGUGUAAACAUAAUUGGUUCAUGCUCUGUGUCGUCCCCUCCCCCUCUCAGGACCAAGUGUAUAAAAUGCAGCACUGGCAGCAGCAGCAGUCUGGCCACCCCGCCCCCUCUGGCUCCAGCCACCCCCCGAGGGGGUACUACCCCCCACACGUGCUGGGCUUCGACCCCCGCUGGAUGAUGAUGCCCCCCUUCAUGGACCCCCGAAUGGCCCAGGGCCUCUCCCCUGUGGAUUACUACCCCAACGCUGUCCACUCUUCAGGUGAAACCUGAGAAAAUAGUAUUGUUUUACUAAAGGGAAUGAUGAAUUUCCUGAUUUUGAUUUCCUAAUUCACUUUUUAGUGUAGUGACAUCUUGGUUAAACUUUAUAGACUGAUAUGGAUCUCCAAAUAAUCCUGCAUUUGUAUCAUCUCUAACUGUAGAAUACCCCUCUGUGUUUGCGUAGGAAUUAUGAAAUCGAUGAUGCAGCCAGACCACCUGAACAGCCCAGGGUCCGCCUCUGACGAGGGCUGCCAUCCCAGCAUGCAUCAGGAGAGGAGGGCCCCCUCCACCGAGCCCUACCCUGUGUGGAACCAAGAUGGCUACCCCCCUCGCAGUUUCACCCCACCCUACCAGAGACAGCACGAGAGCUCAGACAGGAGCCAGCCAGACGACCGGAGUGACAGGACCUGCUCCCAGCAGGACUUGUACGAAGAGAGGGGCAAAGAGUGCCUAGACAACCCCUCCGGUGACCUCUCCCAUCAGGCCUACCAACAGAGCAAAGGCCCCGACAGGGAUCACCACCCGCACGACCAAGGCCUGCUCUCCACAGCCCCGAGCCGGCCCCAGCAGCAGCAGCACGCAGACAGCGACUACCCCAAACAGGAGCCCAAAGACAGGUACCUGAAGGACAGCACUGACCCCCGCAACGAAGUCUUCGACACCUCCAAAGAAAAUGUUUUUGACUCAGACUUCCGGAGGCGAGAUGGAGGCCAGAAGAAGGAAAGUGUUGGUGUUCAGAACCAGCGAUCUGAUCAUGGCUCCAGCUCCCCUGCCAGCAGUGUAAGCCAGCCCUCUGAGACCGGCGGUAGGACCCUGACCCGCAGGACCGGUCCCAUAAAGAAGCCUGUGCUCAAGGCCCUCAAAGUGGAGGACAAGGAGAACGAGAAGCCCAAAGUGGAGCCUGAGGAGAAGGUAGUCCCUUACCGCCUGGAAAAGGAGGUGCUCACCAACGUAUAUGACCUGAAGAAAGACAACCAGCCCCUACUAAGUAACAGACGCUCGGCCUCGCCUGCUAUUGAGAAGCAGCCAGAAGAGAAGCAACACCAACUACUAGCUCCUGCUAAAGUAGAGCGGCCAGCCAGUACCCACAGUGAGGAUUUGCCGAAGGAGAACAGCUGGGACAGCGGAAAGAGCCAGUCCUCCAGAGACAGCCAGGAGAGCAGGGAGCCUGGUGCACCACGACGCAACAACUGGAUCUUCAUCGAUGAGGAGCAGGCCUUUGCCGGAGCCAGGGGAACGGGUAGAGGUCGGAGCCGUGGUGGCUUCAGGGAGUUCAGUUCCAGAGGAGACCGUGGUGGCCGGGGAGGCCGAGAGAACCCCAGAGGAGGCUACAACAACAAUAUCAACAGCAGGGACGCCACUGGAGCCCAGAGACCAGGCAGAGGCAGAGGACUGCCCAGGGACUUUGUCAAGGUGGAGGACCUGCAGAGGGGGAAGCCGAGGAGGCGCAACGUCAGCGAGACUCUGAGCGAGACCUCAGAGUACGAGGAGCUGCCCAAGCGGCGGCGCCAGAAGGGCUCUGAAAAUGGAGAGGGUGGCAGCUACCCAGAGCAGGGAGAGACCAGGAAGGCCGACCGAGACUCUUGGAGGUCCAACAAGGUGUACACGGAAGACCAGGCGGCCAGCGACGCCCGCGACAAGGCCAAAGCCAGCAGCAAGGGGUUCGGAGGCUUCGGCCGCUCGCUGCCUCCCAGACUCGACACUGGCAGGGUCUACAACACCAGCCGAGGGUUCAACAACGGCUCCAGAGACAUCUCCACCUGGAGGGGGCGGGGGACUCAGUUCGGCAGUGGCGGUGGGCCCAUGCAGGAGAAUGGCUACGGCCCAGGCACCGAGACUUACUCCAGGAGACCUCCACCACCUGCAGAGCGUGAGCCCUUCAAAUACACCCCCAAGUUUACUGGCUCUACUGGUUCCUUCAUGGAGAACGGUGCCGAGGACCGCAGCGGGGAGGGCGAGUACUACAUAGACAACGACAACCCUGGACAACAGCCAUUGAGAAGAAGGCGGCCGCCACGCCAGGACAAGCCCCCGCGCUUCCGCCGACUACGUCAAGAGCGGGAGCCCGGCAGCGGCCAGUGGACCAGCGACGAGUACAUCAACGGAUCGGAAGGAUUUGCCAACCCCUGGCCGGGCCGCUCCAAGGAGGGAGGUAAAGAGGACGGCUGGCCCAGUGGCCACUACUCCGGAGGGGGAGGGAGGUCCGGUGGUCAGCACGGCCAGGCGGAGGACUGGGAGACUGGCUCGGAGAACAGCGACUUCAGCGACUGGAGGGAGAAGCGUGGUGGAGGGCAGCAGCAGCAGGCCCACGGGGGAGAUGUGCACUCAGACUCAGGCCACGGGGAGCCUGGGUCUGGGGAAAAGAGGGAGCUGGCCAAGAGGAGUUUCUCCAGCCAGCGCCCCCUGGUGGACCGGCAGAACAGGAAGGGAGAGCUGGAGGGGAACAAGAUGACACGCUCCUCAGAGAACCCUAACGCUCUGCCCUCCUGCAACAGGAACGACGGCUGGCAGAACGGAGGGUCCUCCAACCAUAAUAGGUGAGUACUGUGCUAACUUUGGCUUAUGCUAACUUGGUGCGAGAACAUUCAACAAAACUGUUGAUAUAGUUUUUUCUUGACCUAUUGUUUCAAAACAUCGUCAAGGCAUCAAUAUACUGUAGCUUUUAAAAACAACCCUUAGCAACACUUUCGCAUAGUAAUAUGUUUAAAUGGUAACACCUGACUUAUGGAAUGUAUCUCCCUUCUUCCAGCAGGAGCCCAGAGGAGUCAGGCCAAGUCUACAAUGUUGAGCAGUCUGAGGAGGGCCACCAGCCCAACGAACCCUCGGGGAAGAAGCUGGACAAGGAGCUGAAGCCCAGGUCUGUGAAGGGAGACAUGGUCAAACCACUGAACCAGUACGACCUCAACAGCUACCCCAGUGAGUAUGCCAGGCACCAACCUCAUAGAAACACAUACAUUAGUCAUAUUAAAGCACGGCUCAAAUUAAAUCUAAACCAGGGGUCUCAAACUGGUGGCCCGUGGGCCAGAUGCGGCCCACAGACUGAUUUAAUGUGGCAAACGUGUCUUCCAGUUGAGGGGGAUUCUGGGGGUCCUAGUCCAGACGGGUUCCAAGACCUGUCCAAGAAACAGCAGCGGCGCCCACAGGAAGACGACAGGAGGAGAAAGGAACAAGGAGCUCCGGUAAGUUGACAGAACAUUCAAAUAAGCCUGAAACAUUUUUAAAUAAAUCUGUAACAAUCGGCAGAAGAGCUUUGGGUGUCUAGAUAAUAGACCCAGUUUUGAGUAUGAAAAUGUAUGCACUCACUAACUGUAAGUCGCUCUGGAUAAGAGCGUCUGCUAAAUGAGUAAAAUGUAAAUGAGUAAAAUCUAAAUAAUUUCAAAUGGAGUCAAACAACAUACUGUGUUUUUUCAUAAAUAUCUCAAAUCAAUUUUUAUUUGUCACAUACACAUGUUUAGCAGAUGCUUUUGCGGGUGUAGCGAAAUGCUUGUGUUUCUAGCUCCAACAGUGCAGUAUAUCUCAAUCGUAUAUUAUGGUAAGUAUAGUUGUACAUGACAUGAGGUGCUGUGUUGUACUUAAUCUAUGAAAAAAAAGUAUUCCUUUGCCACACUGCAGGUUCCAGUAAAGAACAGACCGAUCACCUCCAAGAUGCCCCCGCGGUUUGCCAAGAAGCAGGGUGGCAUGACCAUGGAUCAGCCAGAAGAGGGACUCUCUGCCAACAACCUGGGCACAGAGAUCUGGGAGACUAACAGCUCAGGUAGGAGUACGGGCAACACCCCAGCCUUCACACACUUCAUCUUCCACCCCAUCUGAUAACUGAGAGUAACUUACUCUGUUACCCAAACUCUACUUUUGCCUCCAAACUACAAAGGAACAUUCUUGUGUUGUCAACAUUCUUGUGCUGUCAACUGUAUAGCAUAAUACAGUGGUUCUUACAUUGUUCUAUUCCUUCCCUCAGCUCUGUCAGUCCAGUCAUCUGGAGGGGACUCGUGGACCAAGCAGGUCUCCUUCACAGGCAGCGAGCCCAACUCUGAGGACUCUGAUGCGGGGCCUGAGCAGAGCAAGGAGCAGCACAAGCCCGGCCCCAUCGGCAACGAGCGUUCACUCAAGCACCGCAAGGGCUCAGAGGGUGUGGAGCGUCUGGAGGGGAGGCCCAUCACGCCCGUCAACGGCGUGGACCUCCACGUGGACACGGUGCUGCCCGUGCCACCCAUCGAGUUUGGUGUGAGCGCCAAGGACUCUGACUUUAGCCUGCCACCCGGUUCCACCCCAGUGCCUGUGUCCAACCCUGUCACCAAGCUGCAGGACGCCCUCGCCAGCAACGUGAGUACAGAUACACUGAGUUCUACUGGGUUCCCAUUGUCACCUCAUGAUUAUAGGGUGGGCUAUUAAAAUAAAUCCUUCAAGUGCUUGAUGAAAUAAAUAUCAUAAUUGAGAUGUAAAAUGGACAAAAUAUGUAAUCGGCUAGUUGUUGAUGUGUUAAUAACCUUUGUGUGGGUAGCCGGCCCUGACCCAAGCCAUUCCCAUGCUGCGUAGAGACCACCUGCAGCCUGGCAUCAACCUCAACCCCAUCUCUUUCCCCAGCGCUGACCUCACACUCAAGGUACACACCCCACUGCCUCACACUCUCCACACUCCAGACAUCUCUAAACACUAAUCUUGUUAAAGAAAUGUCAUUCUCAGUUACAGUUGAAGUCGGAGGUUUACAUACACUUAGGUUGGAGUCAUUAAAACUUGUUUUUCAACCACUCCACAAAUUUCUUGUUAACAAACUAUAGUUUUGGCAAGUCGGUUAGGACAUCUACUUUGUGCAUGACACAAGUAAUUUUUCCAACAAUUCUUUACAGACAGAUUAUUUCACUUAUAAUUCACUGCAUCACAAUUCCAGUGGGUCAGAAGUACACUAAGUUAACUGUGCCUUUAAACCGCUUGGAAAAUUCCAGAAAAUGAUGUCAUGGCUUUAGAAGCUUCUGAAAGGCUAAUUGACAUAAUUUGAGUCAAUUGGAGGUGUACCUGUGGAUGUAUUUCAAGGCCCUCCUUCAAACUCAGUGCCUCUUUGCUUGACAUCAUGUGCAAAUCAAAAGAAAUCAGCUAAGACCUCAGAAAAAAAAAUGGUAGACCUCCACAAGUCUGGUUCAUCCUUAGGAGCAAUUUCCAAACGCCUGAAGGUACCAUGUUCAUCUGUACAAACAAUAGUACGCAAGUAUAAACACCAUGGGACCACGCAGUCGUCAUACCGCUCAGGAAGGAGACACGUUCUGUCUCUUAGAGAUGAAUGUACUUUUGUCCGAAAAGUGCAAAUCAAUCCCAGAACACCUUGUGAAGAUGCUGGAGGAAACGGGUACAAAAGUAUCAAUAUCCACAGUAAAACGAGUCCUAUAUCGACAUAACCUGAAAGGCCGCUCAGCAAGGAAGAAGCCACUGCUCCAAAACCGGCUAAAAAAAGCCAGACCACAGUUUACAACUGCACAUGGGGACAAAGAUCGUACUUUUUGGAAAAAUGUCCUCUGGUCUGAUGAAACAAAAAUAGAACUGUUUGGCCAUAAUGACCAUCGUUAUGUUUGGAGGAAAAAGGGGGAGCUUGCAAGCCGAAGAACACCAUCCCAACUGUGAAGCGCAGGAGUGGCAGCAUCAUGCUGUAGUGUUGCUUUGCUGCAGGAGGGACUGGUGCACUUCACAAAAUAGAUGGCAUCAUGAGGAAGGAAAAUUAUGUGGAUAUAUUGAAGCAACAUCUCAAGACAUCAGUCAGGAAGUUAAAGCUUGGUCGCAAAUGGGUCUUCCAAAUGGACAAUGACCCCAAGCAUACUUCUAAAGUUGUGGCAAAAUGGCUUAAGGACAACAAAGUCAAGGUAUUGGAGUGGCAAUCACAAAGCCCUGACCUCAAUCAUGUAGAAAAUGUGUGGGCAGAACUGAAAAAGCGUGUGCGAGCAAGGAGGCCUACAAACCUGACUCAGUUACACCAGCUCUGUCAGGAGGAAUGAGCCAAAAUUCACCCAACUUAUUGUGGGAAGCUUGUGGAAGGCUACCCAAAACGUUUGACCCAAGUUAAACAAUUUAAAGGCAAUGCUACCAAAUACUAAUUGAGUGUAUGUAAACUUCUGACCCACUGGGAAUGUGAUGAAAGAAAUAAAAGCUGAAAUAAAUCAUUCUCUCUACUAUUAUUCUGACAUUUCACAUUCUUAAAAUAAAGUGGUGAUCCUAACUGACCUAAGACAGGGAAUUCUUACUAGGAUUAAAUGUCAGGAAUUGUGAAAAAUGUAUUUGGCUAAGGUGUAUGUAAGCUUCUGACUUCAACUGUACCUACCUGGCUAAGUAAAGAUUAGAUCAAAUAAACAUUAGUUUACUUUCACUGAGCAUUUCCCUCCCUUCGUCCCCUCUUCCUCAGAUGGAGUCGGCCCGUAAGGCAUGGGAGAACUCCCAAUCUCUCCCCGAGCAGGGCUCUCCUGGUGGGGGGGCCUCUGGUGCCCAGCCCCCCUGCAGCGUGGGCUCCUCCAGCGGGGUCAGCUACAGCUCUUUCGGAGGGGUGUCCAUGCCCCCCAUGCCCGUGGCCUCCGUGGCGCCUUCCAUGUCCAUGCAGGGUAAGAGGACACUCAGACACAUUAACAUAGACAUUAUUGCUAUAGUUGCCCAAGACUCUGCAUUGUACAUUGUAUGAAAUGUACAUCUGUGCAUUAUUAUUAUUUAUAACUUUGAAAUAACAAUUGUAUUUCCAUCUCUGUAGGUAACCAUGUCCCCCCGCUGUAUCUGGACGGCCAUGUCUUUCCCAGCCAGCCUCGUCUGGUGCCCCCAACCAUGACCCAGCAGCAGAGCUACCAACAGGUACAAGUAUAGGCUUGUACAGGAUUUUAUUCCAAUUAUUUUUCUUCUUUAUAUCGUUUUUCUUUUGGGCAAUAAUCAGUCCCUCCUGGAUUUGGAUUUUUUGUGGUAGUUGCCAAAAUGCUUGAUUUUGCUGUGGCAGUAAUGGCAUUUUGCAUGGCAAUUUGUGAUGAUGUCCAAUUUGUCACGAAAACGUGCCAAUGAGGGGGGAAAGUAAACUGUAAUAUUAUAAUUCACUCCUUCCUGUGUGUGCACGCAGGCAGCGGCUGCUGCCCAGCAGAUCCCCAUCUCCCUGCACACCUCUCUGCAGGCCCAACUUGGUCUCCGGGGAGGCCUUCCCGUCUCCCAGUCCCAGGAGAUGUUCAACUCCAUCCCCCCCUUCAGGUCCCAGGUGUACAUGCACCCCAAUCUGUCCCAGCCUAACCCCAUGGUGCUGUCAGGCGGUGGCCCCCUCAAGGGGCCCUAUUCGGCCUUCCCGGGCAUGCAGCCAUCGGACAUGGUCAAGCCUCAGUCGGGCUCCCACUACCAGCCCAUGAACGGCAGCCAGGCCAUGGUCUACGACGGCCAGAUGAACCAGGGCCCUGGCAUGGGCUCCUCCCAGCUCAUGGACUCCCAGCUCAUCCAGGUAAGGGGAGCAACUCUGUCGGUGGCACACUAUUAGUUUGAAGGAAAACAGUUUGCUUGGCUUCUAAUGGAAACAUUUAACUCUCUUUAUUCAAUGUUUUAAAGGCCAAAACAAUGAUCCUCUCUCACUCUUGCGCCAGGUGACCAUGCCCCUGCCGGGCUCCCAGCUGCGUUAUGGCUCUGCCCAGCAGCACCUCAUCCUGCCCCAGUCCAUCCAGCUCCAGCAGGGCCAGAACCUCUCCGUGGGAGCCGCCCGCAGGAUGCUCCCCCCUGGCUCCCAGCCCCCCGUCAUGACCGGCAGCAGAGAGGUGAGCUCCACAGACCCACCAAGUGUCUCUUCCAACAAUGUUACAGCUUAACUACCCUAUUGAUUGGUAAAUAUUAGCUUUAGGUCGGAUUUGGAAACAUUUAAUGUAUAAACAAACAAAAAUGCACAUUGAAUGUAGUGAAACCCAUCCCUUUGAAAUAGAAGGGAUAGUUCACCUAAAUUACAAAAUUACUUGAAUUUUUUUCAGAAUUUCCCAAUGUCUGCUGGUCCGUAUACUACUUACAAGGUAAGGAACAACUGUAGUGAAUUUGGCAUUUGGGUGAACUAUCACUUUAAUGCCACAACAUUUCAUAGAUGGCAUUGAGAUGUUCUUACUUGUAUAUUUAAUGUGGAUGUUUGUUUGUUGUCCUUCUCCAGACCUCCCAGAUGGAAAUGAAAGGCUUCCAGUUCUCUGACAAGCCCAAUCACAGCCAGGGCAUGCCUGGAGGAUACAACAGGUGAGCUGGAACCGCUAAAUGUCACCCUGAAACUUAUGUUAGAUCACAAAACGUCUACUCUUAGUUCAUAUCUUUAUAAACGUGUCCAUUUGAUUGUAACAUGCCAAAGGAUUCUACAUGGUUCGCUGCCAGUAAAAUAUUUACUUAAACAAACAUUUAGUGAUCAUAUAAUGGCAUUAAAGUGUAAUUGGAAGCUAAUGGUAAAUCUAUCUCUUUCCCUCUCUCUCCCCUCAGACCAGGGUCUGCCAGCCCCAGUGGGAAGCAGUCUGGCCCUCUGCCUGGGCAUUACACCCAGCAGGUAUGAACCAACACAUAGUCAUACACACAUUAGGUACAUACACGCACCUUGUUAGUACUAGUUACUGUUCACACUCUACAAUCAACAACAAGGUCAACCAACAAUCAAGGUCCUCCAGUCCAUUUCACACACUUUCAUACACACAAACACAAUUUUACAGGCACUUUUACAGGCUCUUACAGUAGCGGGCACGCCCCCACCACACACACACACACACACACACACACACACAAACGGUCCUGACACACAAUCCCAGCUGCCCAUACACACUCAUAUAGCCUCCCCCUCCCAUUUCAUUGGAAACAGAAGACGACCUCCAUGCAGGCCGUUCAGCAGCGAGGCUGGGCUUGCAGUGGCCCUGGCCUGACCUGUAGUUGCUGCUACAGAGACCCAGCCACCGGCUGGUUUGAGGCCCUGCUGUGCCCCCUCCACGGCAAGGUUAUAGAAACCUCACACACUCAAUCAUUCUGCUUGUUCAAAUCACUGUGAUGUUGUUGCACCAUUUUAAUGACUAAUCAGUUUUGACAUGCAGCUACCCUGAACUGCUCUCACACAAUGGCACAACGGCCACUCAAGACCUUAGUGUACGUUUGAGUCACAAGCAUAAAGCAAUUUUAUUUAGGAAUUCUGUCUGUGGAAAAUAUUUACAGCUUUGCACACAUCUCCGCAACCCCCUCAAUAUUUGCCUAAAGAAAGAUAACCAUGCAUAUAUACUGAGACGUGUUGCCAUGCUAACAGUGUGCGUGUCCCCCCCCCCCCCCCCCCCCCCCACCAGGUUCCCCCUCCCCAGGGCAGCAUGGUUAUGCACAUGCGUCCCCCCACCACCGGCCCCUUCCCCACCCCCAUCCAGAGACCUGUCAUGCAGGUCAACAAGACAGUCAUCAUCCGCUCCCCCCCUUACCCCAAUCCCGGGCGCGAGCCCCCCCACUCCACCCCCCCCUCAGCCCCCGAGCCCCCCAUCAAGGGGCCGGAGGAUGGCAUGAAGGUGAGCCACCCACUGUAAAUAUAGGUAAUUAGAUUUUUAUCCAUUUCGUUUUUUGUUUUUCUUCAGUCCAAUCCAAUGUGCAAAUGUAUGUAAUCAGAGCCAUAUAUGGAGAGUUUGGUAGUUGCCAUUUCUGUCAAAGAUGGUAGAUUUCCGUUGAUUAUGACCUCAAUUUGAUUUGUUAACAGGUGUCGUGGUGUCAAUCGCCACUGUCAGCACCUCAACUCUCCAUGUCUGUCAAGAAGCAACUAUUGUCUAGUUGUUAAAGUUGGCCUGAACUUUCUAUAUAUGGCUCUGAAUGAACUCAACUGGAUGCACUGCUAUGAACUAUUGUAAUUCAUAAUGAAAAUAUUGAGUUAUAACCAGUAAUGUGGUACCUGAGGUACAAUUUCUUUGAUCACAAGAUGAAUUUGUCUUUAAACUUACCUAGGGAGCUGUUUUUAAUCAAAUGGUGCUCAUAGACAUACAGUGGGGGGGAAAAAGUAUUUAGUCAGCCACCAAUUGUGCAAGUUCUCCCACUUAAAAAGAUGAGAGGCCUGUAAUUUUCAUCAUAGGUACACGUCAACUAUGACAGACAAAUUGAGAAAACAAAAUCCAGAAAAUCACAUUGUAGGAUUUUUUAUGAAUUUACUUGCAAAUUAUGGUGGAAAAUAAGUAUUUGGUCACCUACAAACAAGCAAGAUUUCUGGCUCUCACAGACCUUCUUUAAGAGGCUCCUCUGUCCUCUACUCGUUACCUGUAUUAAUGGCACCUGUUUGAACUUGUUAUCAGAAUAAAAGACACCUGUCCACAACCUCAAACAGUCACACUCCAAACUCCACUAUGGCCAAGACCAAAGAGCUGUCAAAGGACACCAGAAACAAAAUUGUAGACCUGCACCAGGCUGGGAAGACUGAAUCUGCAAUAGGUAAGCAGCUUGGUUUGAAGAAAUCAACUGUGGGAGCAAUUAUUAGGAAAUGGAAGACAUACAAGACCACUGAUAAUCUCCCUCGAUCUGGGGCUCCACGCAAGAUCUCACCCCGUGGGGUCAAAAUGAUCACAAGAACGGUGAGCAAAAAUCCCAGAACCACACGGGGGGACCUAGUGAAUGACCUGCAGAGAGCUGGGACCAAAGUAACAAAGCCUACCAUCAGUAACGCACUACGCCGCCAGGGACUCAAAUCCUGCAGUGCAAGACGUGUCCCCCUGCUUAAGCCAGUACAUGUCCAGGCCCGUCUGAAGUUUGCUAGAGUGCAUUUGGAUGAUCCAGAAGAGGAUUGGGAGAAUGUCAUAUGGUCAGAUGAAACCAAAAUAGAACUUUUUGGUAAAAACUAAACUCGUCGUGUUUGGAGGACAAAGAAUGCUGAGUUGCAUCCAAAGAACACCAUACCUACUGUGAAGCAUGGGGGUGGAAACAUCAUGCUUUGGGGCUGUUUUUCUGCAAAGGGACCAGGACGACUGAUCCGUGUAAAGGAAAGAAUGAAUGGGGCCAUGUAUCGUGAGAUUUUGAGUGAAAACCUCCUUCCAUCAGCAAGGGCAUUGAAGAUGAAACGUCGCUGGGUCUUUCAGCAUGACAAUGAUCCCAAAACACACCGCCCGGGCAACGAAGGAGUGGCUUCGUAAGAGGCAUUUCAAGGUCCUGGAGUGGCCUAGCCAGUCUCCAGAUCUCAAGCCCAUAGAAAAUCUUUGGAGGGAGUUGAAAGUCUGUGUUGCCCAGCGACAGCCCCAAAACAUCACUGCUCUAGAGGAGAUCUGCAUGGAGGAAUGGGCCAAAAUACCAGCAACAGUGUGUGAAAACCUUGUGAAGACUUACAGAAAACGUUUGACCUGUGUCAUUGCCAACAAAGGGUAUAUAACAAAGUAUUGAUAAACUUUUGUUAUUGACCAAAUACUUACUUUCCACCAUAAUUUGCAAAUAAAUUCAUAAAAAAUCCUACAAUGUGAUUUUCUGGAUUUUUUAAAAAUCAUUUUGUCUGUCAUAGUUGACGUGUACCUAAUUACAGGCCUCUCUCAUCUUUUUAAGUGGGAGAACUUGCACAAUUGGUGGCUGACUAAAUACUUUUUUCCCCCACUGUAGGUAGCCUAAUCUUGUAGGCACAUAGUAUCAUUUACUGGUAUAUUUGUAUUAUUAUUUGGAUAGGGACAAGUACAAAGACAUCGAACAAUCAAUCAUCCGAUGCAUUGCACAAGUGUUUCUAGCUUACGUUAAUUUAAUUAAUUUUCAUUUAUGGAAACAAAAGGAAAUAAAUACAUAGUUAAUCACAUAAAAUCACAUAUCAGUGCAUUAUCACAUAUGCACAAAACAAAUAUCACAUGAAAUCCCAUAUCAGUACAUUGUCAAAAUUAGACGCACAAAGCAAAUGUUAUCACAGAAAAUCACAAAUCAGUACAUGAUCACAAUUAAAUGCACAAAGCAAAUGUUGUAGGCUACAAAUAUAUGCUGAAAAUCAAAUAUCAUACAUAUUUACCUCUAAUAUUUACAAUUUGGAUGCAAGAGGGUCAUGUUGAUAAUACACAGCAAUCAGUUCAUACGUGAUUGCACUGGAUUUUCCUUUGAAUGUGUUCAAAUGUUCCAGCGGUUUAUGUUACACAAAAAAAUUAUUAAUCUUCUCCAGUGCAUAAUACUUGUAGCAAAUAAACUGAUGCUUGAUAAUAGCUUUUUUCCCUAAUGGUGUCCAAUUCUUGCUAUUAGACUGUUUUGAAAUGUGAUUGUUUUAACUAUUUCCCUCCCUUGUGACAUUAGUGUUAUUGUUUUUGUUGUCCAUUUGAAAACUAUAUGAAAUGAUAACCUUGCGUUUCUCGUGUUUUAGAGUAAAGCCCUGCGAGAUGGGCGCCAGCUGGUGGGUGAGGGGAAGGCGCUGUCGUGGGGCCUGAUGACCAGCAAACUCCAGGAGUCCCUUCCCGGCUGGCAGGGUAAACCAGCACCAUGCACCUGA